AAAUAAAAUCUUGUAAUAAUUUUAUUAAUUAAUAAUAAAUUAACUUCAACGCAUUAAUAGGUAGCAUAGAUGAACUUGAGUAAAAGGCAUUAGUCAGAGAAAAGUUUACUUGACAUACUUUAAAAAAAAGACAACAACUUAAACUUUGCUAAGGAUAGAGAAGAAACACUCUCUAACUAUGCACCACAUUCCACAACUUCCUAAGGAUUCAAAAGAAAAAUAAAGUAUAGAUAUACUGAAGAUGAUGAUUGGGAAAAUUUUAAAGAUAGAAAAUAAAAAUAAAACAAGCCCUAGCUUACAAGAGUUGUUUUUCGUUCGAAUAGACCUAAUGACCCUUUAAGCAAUGACAUAUACAAAAAGCACUACGAACCAAUCAUGACUACAACAAGUUACAAUAAUUAAACUGCGAGAAAUACUCGUUAUGGAUCUUAAGAUUUUAAACAGCAAAAAGCAUAUUAAGAUGAAGCAUAAAGAAAUGGAUUGUAUGAGACACAGAAGGAUGGAGAAAUACCAAAAAAUAAGUUUAAAGGAACAUUUUACAAUUAAAAUAAGGAUUCUUUUAGCUUUAAUAGAAGAAAUAUAAAUAAAUCAUCUUAAAUGAAUCCAUAAUAAAAUUAUUCUACUAGAUAUCAACAGCUCCUCAACCGUAAUGAAAAUUCUAAGUAUGCACAAUAAAAUACCAGAAACAACUUAGGUUUUUUAUCUAGUCAAAGGAGUGCAUAAAAAUUAGAAACUUAGAAGACAGAAGGUAAUGAAAAUUAAAGGCAAGUUUAAUUAGAGGACCAUGUAUAUACAGACCGUGAAAAGCAAGGGAUGAUGAUAGAUCCACAAAGUGGUGAUUACGAUGACAUUGAAGAAUAAGCUCUUUUUGAUUAGAUAUCAAAUUAAGAUUGGUAUCAAUUGCUUCCAGAAGAGGUUUUAAAUAAUAAGAAUAUUGAUUUAGAAAAGUUCUUUAUAGAUAACUCUGAGUAUUUUUAUAAUCUGCUAUGUCAAAAUGCUCAAAUAAAAUCUAAUAAACCUUUUUUCUUUAACAACGAUUAAUAGACAGCUAAACUUAAAUAUAGCUAAGGCUUUAAUACUACUUAUAACAAGCAGUUUUUCAGAAAAACUUAGCAGUUUCCUUCAAAAGCAUAAAUAACUGAUAAAAUGAGACAAACUCAGUUUUUAGGUUAAUAAUAAAUUGAAUAUACUUCAUAAAAACAAAAUGAUUAUAAAGAUCCUGGUGUACAAGAAUUAGAAAGAAGAGUUCAGUAAUACUAACCUUCUUAAAAACCUUUUAUGGGAUUAACAAAUUAUAAAAGCAAUUUUGUCAAUUGGUAAGACUACUAGUAAUAGUUCCAAAAAGCACCAUAGCAUCUAAGUACCAUAAAUGAUAUUCCAUUUUUUGGCAAAACUAGUUACUAAGAAGCUUUCGGAAAUAACAAAAAUUAAAAAGGAGAAGUUGCUGAAAUAGAUAGAAAGAGCCUGUUUAAAGGACCAAUACCUACCUAUCCUAUUUAGUUUGGUGAAACUCAAUAUGCUACCACUUACAGACCUUUCUUAAUUAAACCAACAUAUCAUAAUGUAAAUAACACUGCUCCUGAUAUGGAAGUACCUACAAAUGAAUCUAAAUUUAGGACAACAUUCUAUUCCUCUAUACCUUCAUUUUAGGGUUAAUAUAAAUCAAUGAGCUAGAGAGAAUAUGGACCUUAGAGAGAUCAUAGAUAUCUAGCAAACAAACUUAAAAAAAUUUGGAGAAACAAGAUUUUAUAAAAGUUAGAGGAGUUAAAAACUCUUAAAUAAGAAAAGUAAAUAGAAGAGCUUAGAUAGCAAGUUUAAGAGCUUUCAUGA